AUGGAGCUUGCUGCAGAGCUGGCCGAUCUUCAAGCAGAUGCUCACUGUCCUGUCUGUAAAGAAUACUUCAAGAACCCGGUGACCAUGGAGUGUGGGCAUAAAGUUUGUCUCUCCUGCAUCAGUGUGUCCAGGAAUGACCUAAAGGGUAGUGUAACCUGCCCUUCUUGUCAUUUGAACUGUCCAGGAAGGAAUAUUUUGAGUAAUCAGCCACCAGGUGAGUUGACUGAAGUUGCCACUCUGUCCCCCAAAAGAAUGAGCAGAAGGAAAGAAGGAAAGCUUUCAUUCAGAGAACCACAACAGAUUUCCUGUCCACUGCGCAGCCUCCCCCCCAGUUACCCGAGUCGCUUUGUUUGGCCCAUGGAGAAUGCUACCCUCUGCCAUAGGAAACAAAUUGACUGUUACAUUAAGCUGUGGAGGGAGAUGGUGGAGCCAGUCCAGAAAGCAAUUGUGGCACAAAGGAGAGGAUCACUAGAACUGAGAAGAAGAGCAGAAGACAGAAGAGCAGAAAUGAGGUCUCAAUAUGAACAGAAUAGAUUGUUUCUCCAGAAUGAACGAGAGAAGAUUCUUGGGCAAUUACAAAAUGAGGAGAUGGAUGGGUUAGCCAAAUUAAACGAAAACCUAGCGAAAUUAUCAGAUCACACCUCUUUAUUAAAGAGUCUGUUGAAAGAUCUCAAGAGCCAGUGUGUAAAAUCAGAACUGGCAUUGCUGGCAAGUGUUAAAGAUUGUUAUGAGAGAUACACACCCUUAAGACAGCCUGAGAUUGCCUUAGUAAAAUUGAAAAGGUAUGCCUACACGUUACCUCUACAGUAUUCUGACUUAGACAGAAUUAUCAAGCGAUUUCAAGUUGAUGUAAUUCUGGAUCCUGAAACAGCAAGCUAUAGUCUUAUAGUCUCAAAGGAUAAGAAAACUGUUACAUAUGGGAGUUUGGGGUUAAUAACCUAUAGCCCAAGAAGAUUUUGCUUUGUCCCUGCUGUUCUAGGAUCUGAGGGAUAUAGUUCUGGCAGACAAUACUGGGAGGUUGAUGUGGAACUGAAGAAGGAAUGGAUCCUGGGGGUCUAUAGAGAGCCUUUUACCAGGAACAUGAAUGAAGAGUCCAAUGAACGGUUCUCAGUGCAGGACAGAUUAUGGGGAGUUGGGCUAGAAAAUUUGAAAACUUAUAUUGUAUCGGGCCCUAAGAAAAUCUAUAUUCAACCCGAAACACCACCUAAUAGGAUUGGGAUUUUUUUAGACUCUGAAAUGCAUGAGGUUUCGUUUUACAAUUUGAGGGAUAAGUCCCUUCUGCAUAUGUUUAGCGACUGUCCUUGGGACACAGUUUGGCCUUACUUCUACACUGGGUAUGACUACAUGCCUCUGAAGAUCUGCACAGUUACAGAUCUUAAGUGA